CCUAAAUCUUAAUGUAAUCACAACAUGUAAUAUUUAUCUGUUGUCUCAUGUCCGUUUGAGAAACAUGUCGUGCAUUUGAUAACGCGAUAAAAAAAAUGAUAAUUAUAAUAGGUUUGGCUUUUAUUUUAAAUUCAGUGUCAUACUGUGUGAAGUGUGAUUCUAAAAUAUUGAUCGACAAUGAUGCCGGAGCAGAUGAUGCAAUGGCUAUUUUCUUGGCCUUAUUAAAUGAGAAGCACUAUGAUGGGCCUAAAUUGGUAGGUUUAACAACUGGGAAUGGAAAUACAAAUGAAAACAAUGUUUAUGUCAACAAUCAGAGGAUUUUGAAAGUUGCUAAACGACAAGAUGUGCCUAUUUUUAGAGGAUCCACAUCCUCUCUAGUCACCACACCAUAUGCUGGAGACUAUUUUGGUCUUGAUGGCCUGGGAGACUUAGACGAGGUCCAUACUGAUUUAGUACCAUCAGCAAAACAAGCUGCUGUUGUUGCGUUAAUAGAACUUUCGAAAACUCAUAAAGGACAGCUGACAGUAAUAACAUUAGGAGCAUUAACAAAUAUUGCUUUAGCAAUUACCUUGGAUCCUAAUUUCUUGGGACGGAUAAAGCAUUUGUAUGUUGGUGCUGGACAUAUACAUAAUGAUGAAGUUCCCGACGCAGAAUUCAACGCUCACAUGGAUGUGGAAGCCUACCACAUAGUAGCUAAACAUGCGACUCCAGAGAAAGUCACUAUUCUGCCCUUUUCACAAGUUAUGACGCAUUUAAAUCUAUCACGGCAAUGGAGAGAAGAGGUAUUUGGUGUAAUAGACUCAGAUAUAGUCAGGACCCAGAAUUUAUAUGAAAGAAUAACUCUUCCUAAAAGCGAUAGAUGGCAGUCUCUUGAUCCUGCUGUGGUAGCACUUGUUGUUCGGCCAGAAUUAGUUGAAGAGUAUAAAUAUGCCAAAAAUGAUAUUGUUCUUUGUGGUGAUAAAAGGGGCCAGAAUACAAAUACAUUUGUUGAAAAGGACGACGCAAAUGUAAGAGUUAUUUAUUCGAUCAAAAUGGAAGAAUAUAAACAAUUUUUAAUUGAUUUAUUUAGUUCUGAUGUUAAAUAAAAUGUUAAAAUUUGAAAUUAAGUAGUUUCUUUUAUUACACCUGCGUUUUCGCUUUUCCUUGCUAUAAUUCGAAACCUCUAUUUAAGCUUUCUGAAAAGCUCACAAAAAUAUAAAUCUACAUACUAAACUUACGUAACUAAUACUUAUUUUCUAAAGCUAAAAUGUGAGCAGAAGUAUUAAAUAUGUACCUCUAAAAUUUAUAUAUACGUUUUUAAAAUAAAAAUUCCAUCUGGCAAAACUAUAAGGAAAAUUAUACUAUAUUCACAUGACAUACUCAGAAGAGAUGAAACUGGUUCCCACAUAGUAUAAGAUCCACUGACCUUUACAAAUGCUAUCUAUAGGAGGUUAUCAUAUAAAUGUUUUUACUAAUAUGACAUACAAGCAAGACAUAAACAGCUGAUAAAUAACCAUAACUUACACUUUAAAUCGAACAGGUAUGAAUAUAUUUGAUAAUUAAUGUACCUACUGAGCCGUUUGAUAAACGUGAUAUAAUAUUAAAAAGAAGCGGGUAACUUAUAUAAGGACUGCAAUAAAAAAUCACCUGUUAUUUAAUAUUAAUAUCAAAAUGAAAGAUCUUAUGUAGGGGUAUAUUCCUUAACAAGCUCUUAGACAAAACAACAUACAUAAAACAUCGUUUAUAUAUUUGCGACGCAACUUCGGCGAGAACUCCGCAGUCAGACGCAGCCAUGAAGGUGUCAUUGUUUUGCCUCAUAAUAUUAAUUCUUACUAUGAGCGUGUCUGCUGAUUACUAUACCACUGCCCGCAGUGGUUUUGGAGUAAGCUGCCAGCAAGCCUGCGAAGCGGAAGCAAAGGGGCCAUAUCGUUGUAAUUCGUCCGGUUCUAGUUGGUUCAGAUGUGAUUGUUACUGCCAGGGUAAUAAUUUAGAUUAGUGGAGUGAUUUGUGACUAAAUAAAUAGUUCAUGUAA